AUGCCGUCGUCGUCGCCGUCGCCCACCACCACCACCGCCCCGCCGCCGCCGCCCGGCCCCGGCCCCUCCCCCUCCCCCUCCCCCCUCCCCCUCAUCCUCGUAACCGGCGCCUCCGGCUUCCUCGGCUCGCACAUCUGCGCCCAACUCCUCCUCACCGGCCAGUACCGCGUGCGCGCCGCCGUGCGCUCCACGGCGCGAUCCGCCUGGCUAGAGCGCCACUUCGCUUCAUCAUCUUAUCCAUCUUCCCCCUCCCCCUCCUCCUCCCACCCCUCCUUCUCCCUCACCCAAGUCCCCGACAUGUCCGUCCCCGGCGCGUACGACGACGCGGUCCGAGGCGUGGACGGGGUGGUGCACGUGGCGAGCGUCAUGGAUGACGACGGCGGGAGAGACGGUGGUGCGCGCGCGGUGGUGGCGGCGGUGGUGCGGGGCGCGGUGGGGGCGCUGGGGAGUGCGGCGAGGGAGUGGGAAGGGCGGGGAAAGGGCAAGUGUUUUGUGUAUACGAGUAGCAGUCUGGCGGCGUAUACGCCGGGGGUGGAGGGGGGGCGGGUGGAUGGGGAGACGUGGAAUGGUGGGGCGGUGGGGAGGGCGUAUGCGGCGGGCGGGGAGGGGGAGGAGGAGGACGUUGCGGCGCGGGCGAUGGAUGUGUAUGCGGCGAGCAAGGUGGAGGCGGAGCGCGCGGUGUGGGCGUGGGUGGCGGACAACGGGCCGGCGUUUAGGGUGAACGCGGUGCUGCCGAAUGUCAAUUUCGGGCGCAGCCUCGACCCGGCGAACCAGGGCCAUCCGACCACGUCGGGUUGGGUCGUUGCUCUCGCCACUGGCCGCGUGCCCGAGCACAGGUGGAGGACCGUGGUGCCGCAAUAUUACAUCAACGUCGAGGACACGGCUCGCUUGCACGUUGCCGCUCUCACGCGUCCGGAUCUCAAUGGUGAACGCAUCUUCGGGUUUGCGGGGAGGUUCAACUGGAACACGCUGUUGCGUGCCCUGCGGAAGAUGUACCCGGAGAAAACGUUUUACGAUGAUAGGGACGGGCAGGGCGAGGAUCUGAGCGAGAUUGUCGGCGCGGCCAAGGCGGAGCAGCUCUUGAAAGACAUGGGAAGGCCGGGAUGGAAGGGACUGGAGGAAAGUCUGAGGGAGAAUCUGGAGGGUGUGGACUUGUAG